GUCUCCAUUCACUGACGAGUCAACGGCUUCACAACAUGAGCCGUUAGAGACUCUUUUCUUUAGUUUUCAGAGAACAUGUUUUUAUAAAUACACGUUCACAACCCAGACUGAGGUAAAAAAAAAACACAGAGGUGAAGGUUCGAAAAUCGACUUUUUUCUCUCAUCUUAACUCGACAGCCUGAUUGAAUAUUCAGUCGGGAAAGAUGAAGAAAAGAAAAUCAAGGAACUGAGGAUGUCUAUUGAUACACGUUGUUUGAAUGACGUCGUGGAGGAGAGGCUUUAGUCGGGAUAGCCAGAUGAACAACAGGAAGGAGGACAUGGAGAUCUCCUCUCACUACCGCCAGCUCCUCCGGGAGCUCAACGAGCAGCGGCAGCACGGCAUCCUGUGCGACGCCUGCGUCAUCGUGGACGGGAAGAUCUUCAAGGCCCACAAGAACGUCCUGCUGGGCUCCUCGCGCUACUUCAAGACGCUUUACUGCCAGGUUAAAAAAGGGGCGGAGCCCCACCACAUGAUGACCGUCACUCACCUGGACAUCGUCACGGCGACGGGCUUCAAGGCCAUCCUGGACUUCAUGUACUCGGCGCACCUCGCCCUCACCAGCAAGAACGUGAUCGAGGUCAUGUCGGCCGCCAGCUACCUGCAGAUGACGGACAUCGUGCAGGCGUGCCACGGCUUCAUCAAGGCGGCGCUGGACAUCAGCCUCCGCUCCGAGAUGGCCGACGAACUCGCCGACUUCGAGAUGGGGGCGGUGUCCGGCGGGCAGGCGGGCGGAGCGGGCGUGGGAGGAGCCGGAGGAGGAGGAGGAGGAGGAGGGAUCGUGGGCACGGCGUCCGAAGCGCUGGCCUCCAUCAUGUCCGGCCGCAGCACCUCGCCGUGGCUGGCUCGCCGCACCAGCCCGGCCGACUCCUCCGGCGACUCGGCCAUCGCCGGCUGCCACGAGGGCGGGGGGGGCAGCACGUACGGCGGCAAGGAGGAGCAGGAGCCGCCCACGAGCCACGAGAGCCAGGCGGAGGCCGGCCACGACUCGCAGCCCGCCUGGCCGCACGACUACCGGCCCGCCAGCGUCAAGGAGGAGCAGGUGUCGCCCGCCUCCUCCUCGCACCCGCGGGACACCCCGAGGGGCGCGGCCCAGAGCCAGGGGGAGGAGCAGGGGCCCGGAGGGGGAGGGGCCUGGCAACCCCUGUCGGGGGCGGGGCGAAGGAAGAACAGGAAGAACAAGGACACCGUCAGGCACAUUACCCAGCAGGCCGAGAGGACCUGGGACCGGGACCGGGACCGGCACCGGGACAGCGGGCCCGGGUCUCCGCUGCCCUCCAUGCUGGCCGUGGCCGGAUGGAACUACAACGGACAGGAAAUACCAGGUGAUGAUGUCACUGAGCCGAACAGCUUGGACAGCCGUGGCGAGCGCUUCGACUUCUUCCUCAAGCAGGAGGAAGCCCUCGCCGCCGAGCCCAGCUACCUGGGCGCCGGGGACUCGGAGGAGGCCGGGGGAGGAGGAGGAGGAGGAGGAAGAGGGGGCGGGGCCAUCUCGUCCGUGGCCAAUCUGAAGGCGGCGCUGAUGAGCAAGAACAGCCUGCUGUCCCUGCGAGCCGAGAUGAUGGGCAACGAUAACCCGCUGCUGUUCGAGUACCUGCCAAAGGGGGCGCACUCGCACACACUGAACGACUUCACAGUGAUCCGUAAAAAGUUCAAGUGCCCGUACUGCAGCUUCUCGGCGAUGCACCAGUGCAUCCUGAAGAGACACAUGCGCUCCCACACCGGCGAGCGGCCGUACCCGUGUGAGAUCUGUGGCAAGAAGUUCACCCGGAGGGAGCACAUGAAGAGGCACACCCUGGUCCACAGCAAAGACAAGAAGUACGUGUGCAAAGUGUGCAGCCGGGUCUUCAUGUCGGCGGCCAGCGUCGGCAUCAAGCACGGCUCGCGGCGCCACGGCGUCUGCGCCGACUGCUCCGGCCGCGGCAUGGCGGCGCUGCUGGACCACAACGGCGAGGUGGGCGGCGACAUCUCCCCGGAGGAGGAGCUGUACCCCGGCGACCGCUUCCACGACGACCAGGCGGAGUGCGACGGCGACGAGGAGAUGAUGGCCGAAGGGGACGAGGACGGAGGAGGCAAGUGGAAGGACGACUCGGGGACGGCGGCCGGGCGCCGGGACGCCGAGAAGGAGGAGAGCGACUCCUCGGCGCCGGACGGCGAGCAGCAGAACGGGAGCGAGCGGGACUUCGCCUGGAUCUCCUAGACGGCGGCGGAUCCCGAAACGUCUCUGAAGAUCUCCUGCGGCCCCUCGGGGCGCUUUACCCCCGCCGGCCCCCCGCCGGCCGGCCGGUCCUCUGGAUGGAAACCGCUGUGGGGUGACUGCACGACAAUGAUCUCACACACACACACACACACACGCACACGCACACACGCACACAACAUUGACCGCCGCGGAAAAAGAAGAAGAGGAAGAAGAAAGGCGGUGAAGAGAUGGAGGGCGAGGCUUUUUUCUGCUUACCUCCUUUUACUUCUGAUGCAGUGUUUUUUGUGUUUUUUGUGUUUCUUGUGUUUUUGUGUGUUUUUGUGUGUUUUUGUUCUCGGGGGUUCAGGCCAGAGUCCUGUAGUUUUUCUACUCCGUCACAACAGGAAUCAACGAGGACGCGCGGCCGACACUCGGUCUGCGACUUUGUGCGUUUUUUGCCAUCACAAUCACCAUGGAAACCGAGGAUCACUGACGGUGUGUGGCGGGGGAGGGGGGGGGGGUCUUGGUUCCACCUCGGCUGUAAUGUUUCUAGUGGGAAAGUGUCUCUCUCUCUCUCUCUCCGAGCGCAAAAAAAGGGGAGGAGUCUGAAUCUAUUGCAAAAAGCGUCGCCGUCGUGUGGGAGGAGCCACGGCGGCGACGCGUCCUCACUGCCACAGACUUGCACUUUAAUGACGGCCGACUCCGAUCGAAGCCCCGGACCCCCGCGGUUUACAUUUUUUGUGGGAUCCCGAUCUUUACGUACCCGAACGACUCGCUGACCGCGCCUACCUUUAAGGACACGCCCACGUCCGCCUGACUGUUAUCCCCGCAUCAGAACACUGAGUCUUUGUGCAGCUUCGUGUUUAUACACAUAUAGCCAAUGCCUGUUUUCGGUUGGGGGGGGGGGGCGCCCUUCAUCUUUUUAUCUUCUCGAGUCCCCCCCCCCCCCCACGCGGUUUCUAUCGAUCCAAUCCAAGAAUCAACACCGGAGGGUUUGACGGAUGUACAUAGGAUUUUAUAGGAGGGGGGGGGGGAGGGGCAGAGAGGUCACUUCCUGCUUCCUUGUAUUUUUGGAGGACGAUGAACAGCGGCUCCACGUCGCCCCCUGGUGGUGAGACGCCGGACACGAGGAGCGGCCUUCUUUGUUUGGUAUUUUUUUUCCUCCGAGUCGCGUGAAGUCGUUCCGGUUCCUCCGUACAGAAUAUGCAUCGUUGGUUCUUUUCUCGGUCUUUCGUACGUUUUAAAGAAGACGAUCUAAAGUCGCGUUUGAACAUUUCCGAGUUUGAUAUUCGUAAAAAAGAGUGUGAUAUUGAUUUGUUUCGUUUAACGGCUAUUUAUUGAAAAACGCUCUUCUUGUGGAUUUCCAGAUUCUUUUUUUGGGGGGGGGGAGAAGUCAUUCCCUCCCUCUUUCUUUGAGUGUGUGUGUGUGUGUGGGGGGGGGGGGGGUUGUUUGUACGCAAGAAUGUUUGAGUGUCCCAACAAAUAUAUACAAAGUCUUUAUUGAUUUCUUUACGAUUAUUUCCACGUUUUCAUGUUAUUGACAAUUGAAGUGAGGCAGACGUCUCAUUAUUAUGAUUAUCAAUGAUUACUGUUGAUGUUACUAUUAUUAAUUAGUAUUAUUAUUAAUGAGUGCUGGAUGCUAAGCUUUAUCGUGUUCUUUUUUGUGUGUUGAUAUUUUCUAUCUUGUAUAAGAGGAGCUUUUAUACUUUGCCUUGUUGUGGACAGCAAGCCAUACGGCUUUUUAUUGACCUCUUAUCGUGCCUGUUUACGCUUUUUGUCGUAUUUGCUUCGUUUUUUUAUCAAAAGGGGAGGAGUUAAAAACCCUCAACUGCACCGUCACACUUCUCUGUUAGAUAUUGAUUGAGACAUAUAUUCAGCACACGCUUUUUGCAUCACUAAUGUACACAAAUGGAUUUAUAUGGAACCAAAAACAAUCGAGUACCUGGUAUACAUGAAGUGCUUUCGUUUCACUGUGUGUGUGUAGGUGCUUUUUUUGGGGGGGGAGAAUGGAUUUUAUUGUAGUGGUUUUGUUGUGGGUUUAAAAAAAAAUUAUUUAUUUAAAUCGUUAUUUUUUAUCAUUUCUUUCACUAUUUGUCACAGUUUUUAAAAAAAGAAGGAAAAAAAAAUGUAAGUGCACAUGUUUUAUUUUUGUGACCAUGAAGAAGCUUUUUCAAGAUGGCGUCUUAAAAGCCGAGCAGAUGUUUGUUCUUUUAGUUCCUCGCGCUCGACACACAAUCAAUCUGCACAAACGCGGACGCACAAAAGAAAGAAACUGCGUCGCUGCGGUUCUGUUCGCCGGCUGGAAUAUAUUAUUAAAAUAUAUAUAUAUAUAUGAAAAAAUAAAUAAUACUAAUUCUAAAAAACAAACGAGGGAACGUUACUCUGGGAAAACACGUCGUUGCCAUAGACCGCACCUCCCAUUGACCUCCACCGAGUUUGAUUUGUGACGCUUUUCUUCACGUCUGGUAACUGUCUUUAUUUUUUAUUUAUUUGUGUUUUUUUUCUUUCGACCAAAAAACAUCAUUUUUGGGUAGUAAGAACAAAUAAAAUAAAAAGGUGAAAGACUGGGAUUUAAAAAAAUGAAUGUCUAUGGUAGGUGUGGGAGGAGCCUGUGACCUGUCCUGUUGGGGCCACUAAGUGACAUCUGGAUGUAUGUGUGACGCCGCCCCCCCGCCCCCCCCCCCACUGAUCUCUUUCUACUCGCGACCCGUACUGUACGUCCUCUUCCUCACGCCGGGUUGUACUUCAGGAAAAAUAAAACACGGAAAAAAAAAAAUCCGCCAUCGACCCCUCAAAAAAAAAUGUGCCUCAAUGACAUUUCACCCCGCGUGCUUGCGAACGUGUGUGUGUGUCUGUGUGUGUGUGAGUGUGUGUCUGUGUUUGUGCGUUUGCGUCGCACGGAUAGAGAUUAUCCGAAGGUGAUGGGCGAAGAGGCGCAAAAAAAGAAAAUCGAUGAUAUAACAAAUUGUGCCGAGGCGACUGGAUCCUCCUUCCCGCCGCGUGCCGGUGACCUUUCGUGCCGGUGACCUUUCGUGCCCCCCCCCCCCCCCCCGAUUCUUGUGGUCUUUUAACUGCAUGCCCGUGCUCAUUCCGUCCAAAAACCAAAGCGAAGCGUCUUUGGCACACAGACCGUCUCAUUCCACACGAUGCAAAAACUGGAACCGUUUGCUCUCCCGCAGAUGAAUUAUGGGUAAUCUCAAAACGUGUACACAGUGCAAUCCUCAUUUAGCUGCUUAGCUUGACUCACGUGCAAAUCACAAAGCCAUAGAUAUGGGUUUAUAUCUAUAUUAUAUUUCAAAAAAUGUGGCGCUUUUUACUUUGGAUUGUGUUCUUCUACUAAGAGUGAUGCGUGUAUACCUUCAUAUAUAUAUGAAUUUAUAUUUACUAUAUAUAUUAUUUAUUUUCUCUCGAGUUUCAGAGGGUCUUUUGAUUUGUAAAAAAACCACUUGAAGCUCGAGGUUGUUUAUUUUCAUUGGGAAUAUUGUUCAAUAUGAUACUGACUUUAUAUUGCUGAUUAUCAUAAACUUGUGUUUGUAACAAAAAGUGUUAAAUAAUGAAGAAAAAAAAAACCCUCCUGUUUUUACAUGUUUAUUUGGUUUUCGGGCAGAUUUUUAAAAGUGCUCUUGUGCAGAUUAUUUUGUUUAGAAUUUUUUUUUCUCGGUUAAACAUUUUUACAGCCAACCACGAGCCUCCUGUUCUCGAUGUCGGGGCCGGCGGCCGUGCAAAAAGCCUCUUUCUGACUUCAUGUGUAGUGGAAGAAUUAGCUUGACUUUUUAUUUGCAAAAACCAAUCAAGUCUCAAUAAAUUUUGAAAGUUGCUGCUGUAAAGAAGUGA